AUGCGGGCGAUAUCUUGGCAUCUGCCUCGCACGCGAGGAAAACGAAGGCUGCGCGAGCACUCCAAGGACAAGCCGCCAGACGAGCCCGAAUCGAAGACGUCGGACAAGUCUGAGCCGCCCGACACCAAUGAUGCCGGAGUGCCUGAGCGUGGCUCGAUCUCCGAAGUUGCUAUAGCAGAUGCUGUAACGAGCGAUGAUCCAGUCUCUUCCGUCCGGCGCGGCGCCGAAGGUGACGCCUCAGAGGCACAGCCCAGCCCAGAGAAGAAAGACAAGCGCAACAAGAACAAGGACAAGCAUAAGGCGCAUUCUUCCAACUCGGGCCAGCAGCCUGCUGCUGCUUUGACGGCCAGCGGUGCGCGCCCAUUCCUUUGUGACGGCGAAGCGGGACCUGCCACGCUGGCCUCACCCGCGCGAUCGGUGGCUCACGUGUCAACAUUGCUGAUGCACGAGGCCAACGUGGAUCCGACUGCGCGCGCUUCCAGCGGAAGUGCACGAGACGUCAAGAAAGCCAAGCAGCUCAUCACAGCUGGUCUCCAGCAGAUCGAUGACUUUAAAGAAACUGCCGAGCCGGGCCAGCAUAAUUGGGCGUUCCUGGGCAAGCAUUGGCCUUACGGCUAUAUGGACGGCGUGGAGCAAGUGCACAGGAUCUUCAACAUCGCCUUCCAUGCACUGCUCGCACGCCAAAUCGGUCUCACUGGCCACAAGACCAUUCCGAGGGACUUCAAGUUCCACCGUCCUGGAUGGGUUGCCGAUGUCAAGACAAUUUCAGGUACGGAUGCAAGGCACGCAAGGGACCUUCACAGCGGCAUCAAUGUCGGAAACGGCAGUGCCGAAGUUGAAGCUGGUCUCGAAGCUGGCAGUCCAGGCUCUUCCGAGGCGAACGGAUGCAGUGGAUGCUCGCCUGCGCCAACCAUGCGCGAGUCACUUAUGGCGACGUUCAUCGUCAACAUCGCCGGUCUCGCUCGACAGUCGCGCAAGGACUUGGAGAAGGUCACGGAGGCUCAAACGAGCUUCCACAGAAGCUUCAAGGCGACGUACCUCUUUCCCUUCGCAGAUCGGGCGACUGGGCCGUUCAUCCUCAAACGCGACCGACCCAGCGAGGACACGCUCCCGACGUGUCACGACAUCCACGUUCAAUCUUUUCGGCGGAGAUCGGGUUGA